AUGACUUUUGAGAACUAUUGUUCACCACCUGAAGCGCCUGUAUUCUAUCCAACAUGUGAUGAAUUUGCUGAUCCUCUUGAAUAUAUUGAAAAAAUUCGUCCGAUUGCAUCACGCGCUGGACUUUGUAAAAUAAUUCCACCCAAAGAAUGGCAACCACCAUUUUGUGUUAAUGUUGAUGAAUUUCGUUUUACACCACGUAUACAACGUAUCAAUGAACUUGAAGCUGGUACACGAGCAAAAAUAAAAUUUUAUGAACGUUUAACAAAAUUAUAUGAUUCACAAGGAGUUAAAUUAAAAAUUCCAACAGUUGAAAAAGAAAUUUUAGAUUUAGCAAAAUUACAUAAAAUUGUUAAAGAUGAAGGUGGAUAUCAUAUUUGUUGUUCACAAAAGAAAUGGGCUACCGUUACACGUAAAAUGAAUUUUAAUGAUACACAAACAAGUCGUGUUUUGAAACAACAUUAUGAAAAAUUAUUAUUAUCUUACGAUGUUUAUGAAACAGGUAUUUAUGAAGAACAAACUGAUUUAUCAAAUCAAACUGAUUCGAAAAAAGGAAAAAUUGAAUCGAAUGGAACAAUGAAGAAUGGAAAUAAACGAAAAGAUAGUUCAUCAUCUAUGAAUAAUGUUGAUCCAUUUGCUAAUUUUGUAUGUAAAUGUUGUACACGUGGUGAUGAUGAUAAUUAUUUAUUAAUAUGUGACAUAUGUGAUAAUUGUUAUCAUACAUAUUGUCUUAUACCAUCAUUAGUUGAAAUUCCUCGAGGUCAAUGGCGGUGUCCAAAAUGUGUUGCUCAGUUGUAUCAUACAGCAUCACCAUCGGAUGCAUAUGGAUUUGAACAAUCAGGAAAAGAAUACACAUUGGGAGAAUUUGGAGAAAUGGCGGAUGAAUUUAAACGAAAUUAUUUUAAUAAACCAUUAUCAGAAAUAACGGCUGAUGAUGUUGAACAAGAAUUCUGGCGUAUACUUUCAUUACCUGAUGCAUCAGUUAAAGUUGAAUACGGUGCAGAUUUACCAACUGGUGAAUUAGGUAGUGGAUUUCCUACAUUAAAAACAAAAGAUUUAACAGAAAAUGAUAAAAAAUAUCUCAAUUCACCUUGGAAUCUCAAUAAUUUUGCUUGUCAUUAUAAAUCAGUUUUAAAAUAUAUCAAUGCUGAUAUAUCUGGAAUGAAGGUACCUUGGGCUUAUGUUGGUAUGUGUUUUUCUUGUUUUUGUUGGCAUGUCGAAGAUCAUUGGUCAUAUUCUAUUAACUAUCUUCAUUGGGGUGAACCAAAAACUUGGUAUGGUGUACCUGGAUCAAGUGCUGAAAAAUUAGAAAAUUGUAUGAAAUCUUAUGCACCAGAAUUAUUUUCUAAAACACCUGAUUUACUUCAUCAUCUUGUAACUACAAUGAAUCCAUCAAUAUUAAUACGUGAAGGUGUACCAGUUGUUAAAGCUCAACAACAAGCUGGAGAAUUUAUUGUAACAUUUCCUCGUGCUUAUCAUGCAGGUUUUAAUCAUGGUUUUAAUUUUGCUGAAGCAAAUAAUUUUUGUCCUGCUGAUUGGCUUCCGAUGGGUCGUUGUGCAAUAGAUCAUUAUAAAGAAGUUAAACGAUAUAGUGUAUUUUCACAUGAUGAAUUAAUCUGUAAACUUGCAUCGGAAUGUCAAUAUCUUGAUCCAGCUAUUGGUGAUGCGACAAGAUUUGAACUCGAUUGUAUACUUCAACAAGAAAAAAACGGUCGAAAAUCAGCUUAUGAACAAGGAGCUGAAGAUGGUGAUCGAGUUUGUUUUGAAUUAAUGCCUGAUGAUGAACGGCAAUGUGAUGCUUGUAAAACAACUUGUUUUCUUUCAGCUGUAUCUUGUUUAUGCAAACCAAAUAUUCUCGUUUGUAUAAAUCAUAUUGAUCAAUUAUGUUCAUGUGCUCCAAGAAAAUAUUGUUUAUGGUAUCGAUAUACACUCAAUGAAAUGUCGGAUAUGCUUGAUGCAUUACGUGAACGUCUUAAUCUUUGUCAUAAAUGGAAAGGACUUGUUAAUCGACUUAUCUCAACCGAUCAUCAAUCUCUUAUCGAAUUUAAUGAUAUUGAAAAACAUACAUCGUCUGGUGUGUUGUGUUUACGUGAUGAUAUUCGUGUAAAAAUGGAAGAAAAAUUAAUUGAAGCUAAUGAAUGUCGACAAAUGGCAAAAAAUAUUUUAAAACGUGUUGCAUAUAAAACUGAAUCCUUAGAAAAUUCUACGGAUGAAGAUAUAAUUAAAAAGAAAAAAAGUUCUGAUAAUAAUAAUGAAAGUAAAAUAACGUUAAAUGAUAUCAAUCAAUUAAAAACUCGAAUUAAAUCAAUUGGUAUUACAUUUAAUGAAAUGAAUGCUAUACAAAAUAUUUUAAGUGAUUGUCUUCGUUUUCAAGAUGAUAUUAAAUUAUUACUUCAAUCUGAAAAACUUCAAUCCACAGAUAUUUAUUCAAAAUAUAUUGAACAAAGUGAACAAUAUCAAAUUGAUUUACCAAUUAUUGAACGAUUGAAACUAUUCUAUCAAGCUAGUAUAUGGUAUGAACUUGUACAAAAAACCUUAACUCGAACAAUACCACCAAGUAAACUUCGAUCAUUAAUUACAUCUGGACAAGCAUUUCAAGUUUUACAUCAACAAGUACAACAACAAAUUAAUGAUUUACAAGUACAAUUACAACAAUUAGAAUUUUGGGAUGAAAAAUGUCGACAACUGACAAAAGAAGAACCACGUCCGACAUUGGAUACAUUAGAAAAAUUUGUUAAAAGUGCUGAUGAAGCUAAUAUACAUUUAAAUUCAAUUGAUAAAAUCAGAACAUUGAUUGUUGAUUGUCACAGAUGGAAUGAGAAAUUUGAACAAAUGCAACAAGGUGAACAUUAUCCAUUUCUUUCGUCUUAUGAACAAUUAUAUGAACAAGCUCGACAUUUUCAUAUUGAUUUGGAACCAUUAAAAUUAAUCGAACAAACUAUAUCACAAGCACGUUCAUGGCUUGAUAAAACACAAGCAAUUUUUCGUCGACCAGAUUCAACUUUAACAUUAAUUGAGAUGAUUUUGCCACGUAUAAGUGUUACACCAAAAACAAUCACAAGAAAACGACAAACUUCAAAACGAACAACAGGUGAUGUACCAAUUAAUGAAUCAAUUGGAAUAUUAGACGAUACAAUAGCCAAAGUACUUUCAAGUGAUGAGAAUGAUCCAGAAACUGUGUAUAAAGUUUAUAAAGAAGCAACAAUAAAAGAAAUUGAAUAUCUUAGUGAAUUACGUGAAACUAAUCAAAAGAAACGUUUAGAUUCAUUAUCAACUUAUUGUAUAUGUGAAAAACCAUAUUCAGAUGUUAUGCUUCAAUGUGAUUUAUGUAAUGAAUAUUAUCAUCGCCAUUGUUUACCAUAUCAUGGAUCAGAUGUCAGUACUUCUGUAUGGUGGAUAUGUGAUUUUUGUAUUCGAUCGCGACGACCACGUCUUCAUGAUGUAGUUAAACUUCUUGGAAAUUUACAAAAAUUAACAGUUCGAUUACCUGAAGGAGAAAUCUUACAAUGUUUAACAGAACGAGCGAUUACAUUGCAAGAUAAAGCUGAAAAAUUUCUUGCAUCACCAAUCCUACGUGAAUUAAGUACAGUUAAACAAGAAAACAGAAACAUAAAGGAUGAAUUUAUCAAUGAUCCAAAUCGACAACAAUUUCGAAAUUUAGAAUCUGAAACACCUCGUCUAUUGAAUAAUUCGGCUGAAAGUGAAUUAGAAAGUUUACUUAUUGAAGGUGGUCUAUUGGAAAUUUAUGUGGAUCAAAUAAAAUUACUUACAAAAUUAGUUAAUUCAUCACGACGAUCAAAUUUAUCAUUAGAUAAACCAAAAGUAACUCGUGUACCACAAACAGAAAAAACGAAAUCAACAACAAUACGCAAACGAAAAUCAUUUGAAAUUCUUACAAAAACCGACAAGACAAUUCGACGUAAACGAUCUCGAAAAUCAUUUUUACCAGAUCAACGUUCAUCAGAAAGUCAAAUCGGAUCAUCAGCACCUGUUGUUUUUGUUUCAUCUAUGAUUGAUAUUCAACAAACAUUAAUAAAAUCUUCUCCUAAAUCUGAUAUUGAUCAUGAUAAUAAUCCAUUAUUGAUAUCUGAUGAUGAUAAUGAACAAACUAAGAAGGUAACUAUUAUGGGCGGAGGUGAAGAUGAAUGUGCAGUUGAUAGUGGAGCAUGUCUAAAACCAAGUGGAUCAUCAAUUAAAUGGGUUUGUUGUGAUGCAUGUGAACGAUGGUUUCAUCUUGUUUGUGUUGGUUUAACAAGUGUUAAGAAAAAAGAAGAAUUUAAAUGUACACGAUGUAAACAAUCAGCAUCUAUAUCAACAGUAUCAUCUUCUAUAUCAACUCCACCAAUUCCUCUUACAUCAUAA